UCCCUCCCAGGAGACGGGAACUUACUUCAUUUCCCUGGGGCAGGUUCGCCCACGUUACUAACCUCCCCCCCCCCCCGGCCCCAGCGGCUCCCCGGCCCCUUCCAGCUUCCGCGCCCCCCACCCGGCUGGGCAGGACCCGGGCCGCGCUGCCACCCCCUCUUCGGGGAAAGGCAGCCGCAGCCGCAGACACCUGGGGGCCGGGGCUGGGGGUGGGGGCUCCCUCGCAGCCGCGGGAGCGUUGUCCAACACGUGAGACUCAUGUGAUGAAGCCGGGGGAGGGCGGGCAGGUCGCUCCUUCCCUCCCUGGCAGCGGCCAGACGUGCCUGGAGUCACAGGGUAGAACACGUAGCUCCAACCCACCCACUCGCUCCCAUUUAACCCAGCCCGCAGCCUCUCCAUUACUCCUCAGCUCGCCCCCCCACCCCCCUCCGCCCUAACCGCCCCCCCCCCGCGCUCCCUCCCGCCUCCCCGCCCGCCCCACUUCUCAUUCACUUGGCUCGCACCGCGCAGACGGCGCAGGGAGCACACACCGCCAGUCUGUGCGCAGAGCCGGAGCCAGAGGCCGCGGGGACACCAUGCACGCCCCCAACUGAAGCAGCACCUCAAAGCCGCAGCGCCCCGCAGCCCAGCGGAUUUCAGAGCUCAGACUCAGAGGAACCCUUGCGGAGAGACCUCCCGGAAGCCCCUUGCAGGACAGUCCUCACCCCGACGUUCCGCUACUGCAGACAGGAGUGCACAGUGGCCCCGGCUCGCCGCGCCAUGGAGCGGAUCCCCAGCGCGCAACCGCCCCCUGCCUGCCUGCCCAAAGCUCCAGGACUGGAGCCCGGAGACCUACCUGGGAUGGAUUUUGCCCACAUGUACCAAGUGUUCAAGUCGAAGAGGGGAAUAAAGCGGAGCGAGGACAGCAAGGAGACCUACAAACUGCCGCACCGGCUCAUCGAGAAAAAGAGACGUGACCGGAUUAACGAGUGCAUCGCCCAGCUGAAGGAUCUCCUACCCGAACAUCUCAAACUUACAACUUUGGGUCACUUGGAAAAAGCAGUGGUUCUUGAACUUACGUUGAAGCAUGUGAAAGCACUAACAAACCUAAUUGAUCAGCAGCAGCAGAAAAUCAUUGCCCUGCAGAGCGGUUUACAAGCUGGUGAGCUGUCGGGGAGAAAUGUGGAAGCAGGUCAAGAGAUGUUCUGCUCAGGUUUCCAGACGUGUGCCCGGGAGGUGCUUCAGUACCUGGCCAAGCAUGAGAACACUCGGGACCUGAAGUCUUCACAGCUUGUCACCCACCUUCACCGUGUGGUCUCAGAGCUGCUACAGGGUGGUACCUCCAGGAAGCCGUCGGACCCAGCUCCCAAAGCCAUGGACUUCAAGGAGAAACCCAGCUCCCUAGCCAAAGGCUCCGAAGGCCCUGGGAAAAACUGUGUGCCGGUCAUCCAGCGGACUUUUGCUCACUCGAGUGGGGAGCAGAGUGGCAGUGACACGGACACAGACAGUGGCUACGGAGGAGAGUCCGAGAAGAGUGACUUACGCGGUGAGCAGCCGUACUUCAAAAGUGAUCACGGACGUAGGUUCACCAUGGGAGAAAGGAUCGGUGUUAUUAAGCAAGAAUCUGAAGAACCACCAACGAAAAAGAGCAGAAUGCAGCUGUCAGAUGAUGAAGGCCAUUUCACUGGCAGUGACCUGAUCAGCUCCCCGUUCCUGGGCCCGCACCCACACCAACCUCCCUUCUGUCUGCCCUUCUAUCUGAUCCCGCCGUCCGCAACCGCCUACUUACCCAUGCUGGAGAAGUGCUGGUAUCCCACCUCCGUCCCAGUGUUGUACCCAGGCCUCAACGCCUCUGCUGCAGCCCUCACCAGCUUCAUGAACCCAGACAAGAUCUCAGCCCCCUUGCUCAUGCCCCAGAGACUCCCUUCUCCCUUGCCAGCCCAUCCAGCCAUCGACUCUUCUGCCCUGCUCCAGGCUUUGAAGCAGAUCCCCCCUUUAAACUUAGAAACCAAAGACUAAGGGACCCUGCCACUCUGCUCUCUUUCCUCCCUAUUUCACCCCCCCCAAAGUGUGACUGCAGCAAGAUUGUUCUAGUGUGUAUGCUGAGAUAAUCUGAGGCAUGGAGAGAAAAUUUGGGGUGCAUGUGUGUGCACAUGCACGCAUGUGCAUUGGUGGGUUGGUAUAGAACAUUAAAGCUCCUUUUGGCAUAGGGAAGAUAUGAAGGAUUGCCUGACAUCAGGAGAUAUAGGGGGGGUUGUAGCAGACCUCUGGACUUUCCCCCACCCAGAAAAUAGCCCCCUCCGAUAACAUACAAAUCAGCUGGAUAUUCAAAAGCUUCAGACUCUUGGUCUGUGAGUCAGUCUUCAUUUUGGGAGCCGGGUCUGUGGCUUUGAGAAAAAGGUACUUUCAAAAGAGGGCUUUCCAGAGCGCAGUUCCCAGCCAGCUCUUAUGACCCCACCCUUCUCCCUUUUAUUGUUGCCGUGACUCACCAAAUGAGGAGAGGGCAGCCACACUGAGCUUUCUGCUAAGCGGUGAGGUAGCAGACACUGGCAUAGCACGGUAGUGGUUUGGGGAGAUUUCUACAGGUCUGCCCCCCACCCCUGCCUCUGAUGAAUAAAGAGAAUGUAGUUCCCUACUCAGGCUUUCGCAGUGAUUAGCUUAAUAAGGAACUGAAAAGGGCCCCCUGAUAAAGCUGAGCUGCCAGGGAAUGAGGGAGGAGUCCCUGGGGCCUCUGGCACCUGUUUCUAGGUCUCACCUAGAAAACAAUCUCGCUGUCUGGAGAACCAAAGCAGGGUCUGAGAGACGCAGGUGCCUAAGUUCCAGUACCCCCAAAAUGCAUAAAGCCAAGUAACAAACUGCUACCUUCAACAAGCAGAGCUAGAUUCGGGUUUCAGUUCUAUCCUUAAAACUGCUUUUCACCAAGCUUAGCUUAAAGGCCUAACCAGCUCUCGGCACAGCAAGAUCCUUUCUGCAGGCUAAUUCCCCUCACUGACGGCAUAGGGAGCGUCCUUAUUGCUAAAAAGGAUUCUGUCUCCUUCAAAGAAGUUUUAUUUUUGGUCCAGAGUACUUGUUUUCUGACUUGUCCAGCUAGCCCUGCACCAGCUUUUCAAAAUGCACUAUGCUUGAUCGCCGAUCGUGUUUUAACUUUUUCUUUUCCUGUUUUUAUUUUGGUAUAAAGUCAUUGCCUUUAUUUGUAAAACUGUUAUAAAUAUAUAUUAUAUAAAUAUAUUGAAAGGAAAAUGUUUCAGAUGUUUAUUUGUAUAAUUACUUGAUCUACAAAGUGAGAAAAAUGAAUGUAUCCCUGUUUUUGAAGAGAAGAAUAAUUUUUUUCUCUAGGGAGAGGUACAGUGUUUAUAUUUUGGAACCUUCCUGAAGGUGUGAAAUUGUAAAUAUUUUUAUCUAUGAGUCAAUGUUAAGUAGUUGUUUUAAAAUACUUAAUAAAAUAAUCCUUUUCCUGUGGAAGAGAAAGAUGGUCUUUUGCAUCUUUAAAAAUAGCUCAGUCGUGUGAUAUGGCUGUCUCCUGCCCUCCCCUUUUGGCUGUAGGCAACAACUACUUAAUCUUGGCAUCAUUUCAUUCAGCUUUUAAUAUGCCUCGUAUUCAAUCAGACAGAAUAAACUUGGUCAAUUUCGUAGGUAAA